UAAUCCCGGUUUCAAAUAUCCGAAAACCAAAAUGCAGUAAUCUCCGGUUUAUAAAGACCGGGUAAUAUAAAACCAAACAAAAUCAGAUUUUCCCGGUUUAGCACAUCACACCACACGCAUAUCCAAUGGCUCUCCUUCCCGCCGUCGGGAUUCCAUCGCCGGCGCCACCGCAACAAACACCUUUCAUCUCUCGCAAUAACCACCCCAAUCCAAAGCUUCAUCAGAAGCUGAAUCAAUCAACCUCCGAAACCACCGUCUCAUGGACUUCCCGCAUCACUCUCCUCUCACGCAACGGUCGAUUAGCCGAGGCAGCGAAGGAAUUCACCGCCAUGAGACUCGCCGGCGUGGAGCCUAACCACAUCACUCUCAUCGCUCUACUCUCUGGAUGCGCUGACUGUGAACCCUUUGGCGAUUCGCUUCACGGGUAUGCUUGUAAACUCGGCCUCGAUAGAAACCAGGUCAUGGUCGGCACCGCGAUUCUCGGCAUGUACUCCAAACGCCGACGUUUUAGGAAGGCUAGGCUGGUUUUCGAUCGCGUGGAAGAUAAAAAUUCGGUUACUUGGAACACAAUGAUCGACGGUUACAUGAGGAGCGGCCGAGUCGACGACGCCGCGAAGGUGUUCGACGAAAUGCCUGAGAGAGACUUGAUUUCUUGGACGGCUAUGAUAAACGGGUUUGUUAAAAAGGGUUUGCACGAGGAAGCUUUGGCGUGGUUCCGUGAGAUGCAAGUCUCUGGAGUGAAGCCAGAUUACGUCGCUGUCAUCGCUGCUCUCGCCGCUUGCGCAAACCUUGGUGCUUUGUCUUUUGGAUUGUGGGUGCAUCGUUUUGUUGUGAGUCAGGAUUUUAAGAACAAUGUUAGGGUUAGUAACUCGCUGAUUGAUUUGUAUUGUCGGUGCGGGUGUGUGGAGUUUGCUCGACAGGUUUUUGAUGAGAUGGAGAAACGAACCGUGGUUUCGUGGAACUCAGUCAUUGUUGGUUUUGCUGCUAACGGGCAUGCGCAUGAGUCUUUGGUCUACUUUAGAAGAAUGCAAGAAGAGAGGUUUAAACCCGACGCGGUGACUUUCACAGGGGCGUUAACCGCUUGUAGUCAUGUAGGUUUAGUUGAAGAAGGUGUACGGUAUUUCGAAGCUAUGAAAAGGGAUUAUAGAAUCUCGCCUCGGAUUGAACACUACGGAUGCUUAGUGGAUUUGUAUAGUCGUGCUGGGAGGUUGGAAGAGGCUUUGAAGGUGGUAGAGAGCAUGCCGAUGAAGCCGAAUGAAGUUGUGAUUGGCUCGUUGCUUGCAGCCUGCAGGACUCAUGGGAACGAUACAGAGCUAGCAGAGAGGAUGAUGAAGCGUCUUAGUGAGCUUAAAGUGAAGAGCCAUUCUAACUACGUGAUUCUUUCGAACAUGUAUGCCGCUGAUGGACAAUGGGAAGGAGCAAGUAAGAUGAGAAGGAAGAUGAAAGGUCUAGGUCUAAAGAAGCAGCCUGGGUUUAGUUCUAUAGAGAUUGAUGAUCGAACGCAUGUGUUCAUGGCCGGUGACAGUGCCCAUGUUGAGGCCGGUUAUAUCCGAGAGGUUCUAGAGCUUAUUUCUUCUCAUUCGCGAUUACAAUGCAGUGUGGUUGAAACCCUUGAUGGUGAUCACAUAGGUGAUUGAAAUCCCAGGGACUUUCACCAACCCCAGCCAUAUGCACCAACCUUGUUGCCAAGGUCAUUGAGCAAAGAUCUGAAGCAUACCCCUAUAUAUAAAUCUGGUGUAUAGAGGCCACACUGAAAACAUGGUACUCCCGUGAGUUGAUAAGCUUAGAAUCCGAGCUCCCUUUCUUCAUAGGCAUCUCCUCAUGCCGACAUUGUCCAUUUGUAUUCAUCUGUGUCUGGUCAUGUUAUCGUUGAAAAAGACUCGUCUCAACCUCAUGGCUCUCUUCAGCCUCUUCAUGCACAUAAAAAAACCACUCUAGCAUUCCAAAACUCUGCUCUGUCAGAGAGACUGCUCUGUUUUCACAUUUCUCUGUGUUUUUUUUUACCAACCAAAACAUUUAUUAACAUUUCUCUGUUUUUAAUAUAACAGAUAUCGAUUUGUUUCAAAAAGAAAAAAAAUGAUUACAGUUACUCCAAA